GCCGGCCACUGGAAACUUCUGCAAGGAACCAUCGGCAUUUCAGCCAUGCACAUGCAGCUACUCCACAAUGAUCGUGUCAUCAUGUUCGACGGCACCGGCUUUGGCCCAUCCAACCUGUCGUUCCCCGGAGCAAGAUGCGCAAGAACCUACAAUGGACGUCGUAUCAGCUUCGACUGUACUGCCCAUUCCGUCGAGUACGACGUAGCCACCAACACAUUCCGGCCACUCGCCGUUCAGACAGAUAUGUGGUGCUCGUCUGGUGGAGCCAUGCGCGACGGCACUCUGGUUCAAACCGGCGGUUUCAAGGCCGGAGACCGGACCGUCAGGAUCUUUAAACCUUGCACAAGUUGUGAUUGGGAAGAGAUUCCGAUGGGGUUACUCACCCGUCGGUGGUAUGCCACCAACCACAUUCUCCCCGACGGCAGCCAGAUCAUCAUCGGCGGCCGGAAACGCUUUAGCUAUGAAUUCUUCCCUAAACCUGCAGCGUUUAAUUGGCCUUUGGCGAAGACUAAUUCUGUUCCUGAGGCAUAUAGAUUGCCGUUCUUGAUGCAAACCAACGAUGGCCAUGCCGAAAACAAUUUGUACCCAUUUGUAUUUCUUCAUAUCGAUGGAAGCUUGUUCAUCUUCGCGAAUAAUCGAGCGAUCUUAUUCGACUACACCAAGAAUAAGGUUCUCAAAACCUUUCCGAAAAUUCCCGGCGGCGAUCCGAGGAAUUACCCGAGUACUGGAUCAGCGGUGAUUCUUCCAUUGAAUUUGCAGGGAAAAUUGCUUGAAGUCGAGGUAAUGGUGUGCGGUGGAGCUCCAAAAGGAGCUCAUAUAAAAGCCCGCAAUGGAGUUUUCGUUGAAGCAUUGAACACAUGCGCAAGAAUCAAAAUUACAAGUCCAAAUCCCAAGUGGGUCCUUGAGAUUAUGCCACUUUCUCGAGUUAUGGGCGACAUGUUGUUACUUCCGAACGGCAACGUUUUGCUGAUCAACGGCGGAUCGUUCGGGACUGCUGGCUGGGAACUUGCCCGGAAUCCGGUCCUCAAUCCGGUUCUUUACCUACCCAAUAACCUACCCGGUUCAAGAUUCGAAGUGAAUGACCCGAGUACUACCCCUCGUAUGUAUCAUUCGACGGCGAUCUUACUUCGUGACGGUCGGAUUCUCGUCGGCGGGAGCAACCCACAUCCGGGUUACAAUUUCUCCGGCUUUCUGUUUCCGACGGAACUUAGCUUAGAAGCAUUUCAUCCUCCAUAUCUUGACCCUGAAUUCGCAGCCUUGCGUCCCACAAUAAUAGAACCCAGAUCUCAAAUCAUGGUUUUUCAUGGACAGAGGUUGAAGGUGGAGUUUACGGUGAUCGACGAAAUGGAUCCGACGAAAAUCUCGGUCACCAUGUUGGCUCCGCCUUUCAAUACCCACUCAUUCUCGAUGAACCAAAGACUGUUGGUGGUCGGCCGUGGCAAUGUGACGACGACCAUAUGGCCGGAACUGAUGUAUGAUGUUGAGGUUAAUAUUCCUGUUUCUGGUAAUAUUGCACCGUCGGGGUUUUAUAUAUUAUUUGUUGUUCAUCAAUGCGUUCCAAGUGAAGGAAUUUGGGUCCAAAUACUGUGA